AUGGGUCCGGAGGAGACAACGGGAGUUGGGGAUCGGAUCUCAGCGCUCAAACGGAAAGUGGAGAAGAUUAAGAGCUUUCUAGUUAAGAUGGAGAAAUUCCUAGAUGACAAAGAUCGCCUAGAGAAACAGAAUCUCGGUGGAAAAGAGAAGGAGGAGUCGAGUGUUCUAGAUGAGCUGCAGCAGUACCUGCGAGACGCCAAGGUUACUAAGAACCAGAAGGAGGAAAUUCAAGCCUCAAGAGCGAUCGCGAGCCAUGCCGGAGGAUCUCCGGAGAGUAGUGAUCCGAUUCUGGAGCAGAAUCAGUUGAUGACUUUUCCUGAGGAGAAGAAGGUCCCUGUGUUUGUAUCGGAGAAAGUAGCGGACGAAAGAGGUAUGCCUAUAUCCGUAGAAAAUCUGUUAUCAGAAGAACAAUUGGGUGACCAAAAAGAGGCAGAUGCUGAGAGGACUAAACCUGCCUGCCAACUGUUUGAUCAAAUGAUUGUGAGAGGAAAAGUGGUAACGAAUAAGAGAAAGAAGAAGAGAUGGAAGGCAUCUCUGGAGAUUCAGGAGGGAUUAGAGAAACAUUUGAGUUCUGAAGAGAAAGAGAGGACAUCUCCUAGCUGGAUAGAGGUCAGAAAUAGGUUUGGCGCUAAGGGAAAAAAGAGAGUUGUCAACCAGGAUAUGUAUGCCUGCCAGGUGCUCGAUAAAACGUCCAUGGUACAGAAAAGGGCAACGAGAAAGAAGAAGAAGAAGUUCACAAAGGUUAAGAGGUCUAAAUACAAAUGUGGAAAAGUGAAUCAGGAGGAGUACAAGUUCAGAAGGCAAAACAACAAGGGUUUAAUGAAACAAUGUAAGCUAGUGAACUAUCUUGUUUCUUACAUCCACCAAAUCUUUGGAACAAGGUUUAGGAGGAGGAUUACAAAGAAAAGGAAGAAGAGAACAAGGCUGGAGGAGCAUGAGAGAGAGGUAAUCAAGCAUGAGUUGGUGUUUGCAAAGCUGUUCUGGGGACAUAAGGCAGUUUUGAAGAAGCUUGCAAGGUGGAAGAAGCAUAAAUUCAAACAGAAACACAACGAGCAGAAGGAAGAGAUCAAGGCAACGUUGUUGAGACAACAGAUUGUAAACCUUUGGAACCCUAAGCUUGAACCUGAACUUUAUAGAAGGGGAUUCAACGAAUGGUUUAAGAAAAAGCAUGGCUAUGAGGGAGCUUACUUAAGGGAUGAUAGAUUGCUGCAGCUAAGUGGUCUACUGAUGCAGAAGAGUAAGUUGUUAGCUGCCAAGACGAGAAAGAGAACAAAGUCGAAGUAUAAGCGUCUAGCUAAGAAGAAGAUGUUUUGGACUAGUGGAAAGAGACACAGAUUCAGACACAAGCACAAGAAAAAGGAGGGAAUGAACGAGAAAUUCCCUUGGCUCUGUGAGAUGUGGCUGCUACGAUUUACCCAAAGGAGAAAGAGGAAAAAUAAAUACGUGGAGUCACAGAAAAAGACAAGGAAAACACUCUGUGAAGUGGAGAUUAUCUGUAGCUGGGAGGGAUUGGUGAAGCUUGAAAAGAUUACAAAAAAUGGUAAUCCCUCUAUCUGUCUGAAAAAUGGUCUCUGGGUUAGUUUUGUGCUUAACAAUACAGAAAUUAGUCUGCUCAAGAGUAUGGAACGCAAGCAUUUUCAGUAUUCAGAAAAAGAAGCUUCUCAAGGCAAAGAGUUGAUUGAAAGGAGAGACUUCAAACGAGUCUCUGCCUUAUCCCUUGGUAAAGGAGGUGGAGGAGUUCUCAAAUUGCAACAGUUGACGCUAGGGAAUGGGAAACAGUUGGUUGUCAUGAAGGAAUCAUAUGGGAGUCAUGGAGAUAGCUUUGUAAUGAGUUUCCUCGUCUCUUAUAUAUUCACUACGGUUGCAGUGGAGUGCAAAAACAAGAGUCUGGUUUGGGAUGAGUUUGAUAUGGAGAGACAUGAGCGGGAAAGUCUGGUGAUAAACGUUGAAGCUAUCGUGCACACCUGGAGAAGUCACGUCCACUCAUAUGAUCUGCUUGCUUGGGUUUAUACUUUGGAAGCGAAAAACAAGCAUGAACAAGCUGAAGAACUACUGGAUAUUCGAACAGCUGCAGCACAAGAAGGAGGAAGGUUUUCCAAGACCAACGACAUCUCAAAGAAGCUGCUUUAUCAAGGAAUCAAGAACAUCGAGGAGCUUCUGUUGCGGAGCGAGUCGAGUGGAUCUAGUGGAGAUAAGAAAUGGAUGGAGUUCAGGGAGAGGAUGACAAGAUUCUUGAAAACCGCUGGAGAGGAGAUUCAGGCGAUCAAAACACAGGAGAUUUCAACGCUCUCUGCAUUGGAAAAGGUGACAGAGCAUUUCCAUGGAGAUUCUUACAAGGAAGGUCACACGUUGAGAAGUUUCAUGGUUGUGAGAGACUUCCUGUCCAUUCUAGACAAAGUGUGUAACGAAAUGGGAGACCGGUUCUCAUCGUAA